CUGCUGGCUUUUUUUUUUCUUUCUCUUUCUCGCGCUGUAGUAGAGUGAGCACACGUGAGUUUCAUGAGGGUUCUGCCGUGUCCAUCUGAAAGUGGUACUGUACCUGUCCAAUACAGGUGAUGAAAGUGUAUUCCCAGGAUAUACUAAACAUGUAUUUAUGGCGAGAGCGUCUGGAGUGAAAUGAGCUCCAUUAUAUAAAAGAAUAGCACCUGGGAAACAAAAGUGUCGAUCAAGAAGAGUCUACAUCUACUUAAGUUCAAAGGUCUUUUUUUUUAUAAAAACAAGCUUCGUUUUUCUCAGCUCAAGUCAGUGCUGCAUUUUCAAAUUAAUAAAACAUUAGUCAACCUAUUCAAAAUCAUAUAUGUGAUAAUUAUAUGUUUGAGUUUACUGGAGUAUUGAUUUGGAACAGGCCAUAUAAAGUUCUUUUUCACAUUAUCGUCAUGGAACAAUUAACAGUCUUGGCUCUUGUUUUGUGUUCUCUAUACUGUAUCAAAUAUACAAACUGCCAACUUACAGAUUCAAACUUUGAAAAAGACAAGUUCAAAGAAGAAGCUUCUCAAACUUUCAACCUGGUCCUGCACAAAUACAAUCCAAGGAUACGACCUCCUAGAGCGUAUAUUGAUAUCCUGAUGCAGAUCACUUUGAGCCAUAUCCGUCACUUUGAUAUACACAAACAGGAACUGCAGACAGUUCUAGAUAUAAACAUAUUUUGGAAAGACGGACGUCUUGAGUGGUCAGCCGCUAAAGUUCAACAAAUUAUUGUCAACGAAAGCAUCAUUUGGACACCAGAUAUCGUCAUUACCAACGCAGUGGCACCUUCAAGGUCUCUGUUUCCAAGUGCCUUAAAGAUCAACAGUUCUGGCAAUGUCCAGUGGACUCGCAAAGAGGAAGUGACAACUUUCUGUAAAACCUAUCCAGAGGAGACUUCCCAAAACUGUACAAUCUCUUUCGGUUUCUUAAGUAACAGCAGACAUGACCAGAGUGAUCGCUUUUUCAAUGAAUCAAGUUCUUUUACUGUACCUGAUUACUUUAGCAACCACCAGUGGGACAUUGACAACCACACACUGGCCAAGCUAGACAGAGAAGACACCAAAGGAUAUUACUCAAUUGUGGAUAUUAAGCUCUUGCUUACCAGAAUAGAAUCAGAGUUUGAUACUACGCUAGACUCAACAUCAGUUUCCACCCAAACCACAACAUGUAACUCUAGUACUGGGAGGAUCUCUCCUAUCUCAAAUGUCUUGCUGCUCUUGUUUUUAUGCUCUAUAAAUAACCAUUUAGGCUUGGUCAUUAGUAGAUGACCAUCUAUAAAUAGCUAGUCUAGUUUAACUCUGACAGACUGUCAUUCGGUUCAUAUUUUGAUUUCAUAACUUUUUAAUUUUCAGUCUUAGUUUUUUUUUCAACACCAAUUGUAAGUAACGGCACAAAAACAAAUUGUGAAUAGAUUUUAGCACUAUUAAAACUUAAGGUAUUGUGUUCAUUUAGUUUGCCUCUAGCUUAUGUAUCUAAUUAUAUUAUUGUAUUGAUUAUCUAAUAUAUUUCCAUAUUAUCAUUUUUAUUUUGCCAUUUGUUGCUGAAACAAGUUUAGGUCACAAUUAGUACAUGCUUUUCAUUUCAUUACUAUCGCUUUUAAACCAAAUGAAAGGGAGACUCUCAACAUGUAGACUCUCAACAUGUUAACUAUUGUAGCCUCUCAACAUGUAGAUUAUUGUAGACUCUCAACAUGUAGACUAUUGUAGACUCUCAACAUGUAGACUCUCAUGUAGACUAUUGUAGACUCUCAACCUGUAGACUAUUGUAGACUCUCAUGUAGACUAUUGUAGACUCUCAACAUGUAGACUAUUGUAGACUCUCAACAUGUAGACUAUUGUAGACUCUCAACAUGUAGACUAUUGUAGACUCACAACAUGUUAACUAUUGUAGACUCUCAUGUAGACUAUUGUAGAAUCUCAUGUAGACUAUUGUAGACUCUCAAUAUGUAGACUAUUGUAGACUCUCAACAUGUAGACUAUUGUAGACUCGCAUGUAGACUAUUGUAGACUCUCAACAUGUAGACUAUUGUAGACUCUCAACAUGUAGACUAUUGUAGACUCGUAUGUAGACUAUUGUAGACUCUCAACAUGUAGACUAUUGUAGACUCUCAACAUGUAGACUAUUGUAGACUCUCAUGUAGACUAGACUCUCAACAUGUAGACUAUUGUAGACUCUUUCCUUUACACAUGCGCCAUUUCACUUGGAAGGUAACCUAAAUGUAUAAAGUACAGAGAGCACCAUGACCUACAAAAACCUCCUCUUUGAUCGUUUCUCGUGUACCUCUAACAUUUGUACAUUGCGUGUCAUCUAUGUGAAGAGUGGGAUCGAAUCAAUAGAUCUUUAACCUUAGUUCAUUUAUAUAUAUAAGAAUAUUCGGUAUUUCAUCUAUUCUACUUAUAUCAGGAAAUUAUAAUAUCGUAUUGUGUUUAAUAAAAUUGUAAAUUGAAAAAAUACAUUAGGAAUUAAAGAAAAAACUACUUUUUUAAUUAUUUACAACUUUAAAUGUAAACAAAGUAUAUAUAUAUAUAUAUAUAUAUAUAUAUAUAUAUAUAUAUAUAUAUAUAUAUAUACCGGUACACACACAGAGGAAGCCUUCUCUUUUUCUUGCAUACUUGUUCCUUGAUACAAUCGUCUUCCUUGGAGUUUUAAAUCAACCAUUCUAGCAUUGUUCCAGUGUCUAGUAUGAAACUAGUCAUUCUCUGAAGAUUCCGUUUUAGGCUCAAACGCUUCAACGUAAUAUAUUAUAAACUACUUCCGAAAACUCUUUGACUGCUCUGCGUUCUGAAAUACAACCCAGUCUUGGCACUGUUGUGGGGUUUCAUGUGUGACACCAGUUCAAUGAUCACGUUUAGUUAAUUUGUUUUCUUUUUAACAACUAAGACCGAACUUCUAACAAAAUCCUCACAAAAAUAAAAAUAGAUAAUAGAAAGAAAUGUUACUGCUUCUACUAAUGUGCAUUUCUAGUUAAACAUUACUAAAUAAAUGUAUUCUCUAUAAAUGUUUACUAAUCCAUUUCACGUCUUGCAUUAAGUGUGUAAGAACUAAAUUGUGUCGUCAUAGAAUCUUGUGCCUUUGCUCAUUCAAGUUUACACGUAGAGUAAACAAAAACCGUUUCAAUGAACAUUAAAUGAUGCAUAAUACAAAAUGUUCAUUGGAUGACACAUUUCUGUCUGUCUGGGUAGAAAGUCUUUGACACGCUGUUUCUCCUCCCGCUUCUAAUUCUCGGAUCAAAUUGAAAUUUUGCAGUUAUUCAUUGUCGAUAAAAACACAUGAAUCAAUCUUAAAAUGAACUAAUUAAUGAAUUAAUUAGUUUAAUCAAUUAUGUUUUAUAUAGAAAAAGGACUAAGCUAAGGAUAUAUCAAUCUUGCUAUAUUGAGAGAUAUGACAGUGAUUGACGGUGCUCUCCCUUCACUGAAGAUUAGCUUUGUUUUUAAAAAGUAUUUUUUAUAUUUUAAUAAUUCUUUUUACUGGUCAAUUUAAAUCGAUUUAAAUAACACUGGCAUCGUCUGUAUCAGAUGUAACAAAAUCACAGCUGAAUCGUUCAAGUCGAACACAUGUCCUAAUCUAUAGGUCUGAAAACGAAUAUAGAUUGAUAAUUAUUGAAUCAAAAUAUCAAGAAAAUAGUUUCUUUCUAAAUUCUCUAAUAGAAAUACAAGUAUUGCUAAUUUGACGCUUACUGUUUUUGAUUGUACUAGCAGGAGUACUCGGCGCUGCCUGUGUUCAUUCUAAAUGCUAAAAACAAAGUAAAUACUGCUGAUGUAAAACCUCUUAUGAAAAGGGUUGUAAUAUAUCCUGUUUUUUUUUUUUUGGUAAUGUUGGAUCAGAGGCGUAGUGAGGGGGCAAGGGGGACACAAUGCCCCUGGAGCCAUCCUCAGGGGAGCACCACACGCAGCCUUAUUCUAUGUGAUGUUCAUUUAAAUUGGGGAGGGGGGUGCCAAUAAUGCCCUGGCGCAUGUUUGGCUCACUACGCCAAUAUGUUGGAUACUGAUCUAAAUUUUAAAAUUUAAUUUUUUAUUCGAACUUUUAAUUAAUUUUUUUUUUUUGCGUUUUAGAUUAUUAUUGUAAUAAGUUCAGAUAAGGGUAAAAAACAACAACAAACAACAAAAAACAUGGAGUUAAAAUAAAAAAAAAAAGAAGUAUGUUACUUUCUACAUUGUUUUGCGUAUAUUAUGAUAUGUUGUACAUACGACAGGAGUGACAAAUUUCGUAUGAUUUUUACGUAUUAGAAAUGAAAGUUUAAAAUACUUUAAAGUCAGUUUUUUGUUUCUGCCUCUGUAUAUUUAGACUUGUAAGUUAUAACCAUAGACUAUAUAUAUACAGGACUGCCAACUGUGCGCACCACGCCUAUAUUAUUCAAUUAAAUAAGUCCCGUACACCGAGGCGUCCUUGGUUGCAGUGUAGUGUUAGAAGAAUGACUUCCGGUGAAUUAGUUUACUAUAUAAAGAAACCAUCACUAAAGAUAAACACUACGUUCAAAAUAUUUCUUAGUUAUAAUUUUGGUAACAGUGCGAUAGACAUAGCCAGAUUUUUAUAACAACAAAAUCUGAUUUACCAACUUAAAAAAAGAGCAUUUGCAUAGAUAAUGUUCUAACUAGUUUUUAUAUAUAAUUAAAAACUUUUGUUCAAAAACAAAUUAUAGUAGUGUGUAUGGUCGUAUAUGUAGAUAUAGUUUAUAGCCGUAGGUCACUAGGUCUGGGUCAAUGUUUACAUGUUUACUACGUGUACUAUUAAUUUUUAUUGAAGUAGGAACAAUGAUUCUAGAAUUCUAUUAGGUGAAGAAAAAUUUGGAACAAUCAAUUAUUAUUUUUUUUGGGGGGGGGGGGGGUUUAGAAUAAUUGGAUGUUAUUUAGGAUUUAAUUAGUUUAAAAAAUUAAAAAAUUAAUAACUUGCAGAGCUGAAAGUUUUAUUCAUAUUUUUCAAUUAGUCAUAAAUACACGAUUGCUUGUAAUUUUUAAUGGCUUCAUUCUCCAUUAAUAUGUAUAUAUAAUGCACACUGCAUGCUAUCUUUAAAAAAAAAAACUACAAAUAAAUUUAAAAAAUAGGUAUAGAAUCUAGAUGUAAAUACAAGUUGGUAAAGAUGUCAGUGUGUAGGCGCAGGGACUCACUAUUGUUUUUUUUUUAGAUUGACUCACUCACAGACUUAACUUCUAUCACCCAUUAUAGGCCUAUAGGCUACCUAAGUAAUAAAUGACACUCUCAAAACUCUAUUGACUCUUUCAUUAAUCGAUUAUUUAACUCAUAUUAAUAGUAUACAAUGUAAAAAGAAAUUGUCCAAUGUGAUGAAAAGAGAAAAAAUAUAUAUUAUCCAAGCUGGCAUUAUCAUUCAAACAUCGUGAUGUCAUAAAAUAAGUUUAUACCGGAAGUACCUCAAUUCACAUUUUGGAGUUGAACGAAACUUAUGCUUAGUUACCCUUAGUGUUGGCAGUCCUGUAUAUAUAUAGUCUAUGGUUAUAACAUAUCAACACACACACGUAUUUGUGUUAUACAUUUUUUUUUCUUUUUAUUAAUGUUGGAUACAAAUAAUCCAUUAUUUUUUUUUCUCUUUUCAAGCAUACAAUGUAUUUCUAAAAAAUUAAUGUAAUAGUCAAGGUUUAAGUGUUCGUAAUAUUUGUGUUGACCUGUGUACUGUGUAACUAUAAAACGUGAAAGUUUAAUAUCUUCUUACGAUCUA